AUGACACCUACUUGGGAGAAUGACGGCCCGGUCAUGACUCCUGCUCAGCAGCGCCGGGCGAAGGAAGCCGAGAGGAAGCGUAAAAUGGAUUUGGAAAACAAUGUUCCUAGCCCCUUGUUUAUCAUGGUUUUACCCGGCGAGAUGGAAGGGACGUACUUGUUCAUCAGUAGGUUGAAAUAUGUGGCCUUGGCAACGAACGUAUUGAACGGUUUGCUUCCAUUCUUUACACACCACUUGGGGGAGUUGACGACUACUCAAGCCAAUAGGGUGAUUGCGAAGUGGCUCUCCAUGUCCCUGAUCCAUACGACACACCGCAAGGAACUUGUGUGGUGUUUGGAGACUCUGUGGGCUCGACCAUCGGACCAAACUCUACAAGGCAUUGAUGAAGCCAUCGACUUCCUAGAUGGCUUUGGGUCUGACCCACUUGACGUGGGCGAAGCUAUGCUGGAAUUCGAUAUGGAAAUGGCGGACGCUAAGGACAUUGACGAUGGUGCUGCGGUUGCCGGAAAUAUGGAUGAGCUCCUGGAGAAAGAUAGCCAACUGGAAGCGGCCAUUACGGAGAUAGAGUUUAAGGACAAUCUUUUGAACAACUGGCACGGGAACUGGCUGACUCCCCGCACUGACACUCAGCCAGCUCUGAGUCAUGCCAACACCAACCGAUCUACCGUUGUCGAAUCUAUGACACCUGACCCAGCGGAGAGGUCAUCGACUAAUGCAGAAGGCCUUCCUGUUGAGGACUCUAUCUCCGUCUCGGGAACAGACCUUCCGUCAGUGACAGAGCCUCAGGUCUCGGGUAACUCAUCGGAGGCUUCAAUCUUUCCCAUCUUCCGCCAUUCUCAAUCAUCUCCCCCUUCGGUUCCCGUGAAGGGCAAGAGAGGUAGGAAGAAAGCCUCGACCGGCCGUGGAGCGGGGAGCUCCACGGCAGGGCCAUGA